AUGACUGAGUACAAACUGGUGGUAGCUGGAGCAGGUGGUGUUGGGAAAAGUGCUCCGACAAUCCAGCUAAUCCAGAACCACUUUGUAGACGAGUAUGAUGCCACAAUAGAGGAUUCAUAUCAAAAACAGGUGGUUAUAGAUGGUGAAACCUGUGUGCUGGACAUACUGGACACAGCUGGACAAGAGGAGUACAGGGCCAUGAGAGACCAGUACAAGAGGACAGGCGAAGGCUUCCUCUGUGUGUUUGACAUCAAUAAUAGCAAAUCAUUUGCAGCUAUUAACCUCGACAGGGAGCAGAUUAAACGAGUAAAAGACUCAGAGAAUGUACCUAUGGUGGUGGUAGGAGACAAGUGUGAUUUGCCAACAAGGACAGUUGACACAAAACAAGCACGUGAACUGGCCAAAAGCUAUGGAAUUCUAUUCAUUCAACCCCAGGCAGGGUUGAAAAAACGCAAUAGCAGUGAUGAUGGGACUCUAGGUUGUAUGGGGUUGCCAUGUGUGGUGAUGUAA